AUGGCAAAGUUCGAGGAGAAGCUAAUCGCAGAGGAAAGCCUAGAGGGCCGCCUGCUGUUCGCGGUGCCUAAGAAGGGCCGUCUCAAUGCCGCUACCCUGAACCUGCUCGAGGGUGCCGACAUCCAGUUCCGCCGUGAGAGCCGUCUCGAUAUCGCCCUCGUGAAGAACCUCCCCAUCGCCCUCAUCUUCCUCCCGGCUGCCGAUAUUCCCACCUUCGUCGGCGAGGGCCGUGUCGACCUUGGCAUUACCGGAUGGGACCAGGUCAAGGAGCACGAUGCCGGCGUCAUCUCCUACAACAAGUCCCGUCGGGCCUCGGUCGACCUCGACAACGGCGACCUGAAGCCUACCGGAGGUUGCGAGAUGGUCAUGGAGCUCGGGUUCGGCGCCUGCAAGCUCCAGGUCCAGGUCCCUGAGAAGGGUGCCUAUGCCACGACGCAGGACCUCAUUGGCAAGACAAUUGGCACCAGCUUUGUCAACCUGGCCGAGGAGCACUUUGCCAAGCUCGAGCUUGGUGUUGAUGCCGACGGCAACAGCAACACGUCGCCGAGAAAGCUGCGCACCAAGAUCAUUGAGUUGAGUGGAAGUGUCGAGGCUGCUUGCGCGCUUGGCGUUGCCGACGGCAUUGUCGAUCUUGUUGAGUCUGGUGAGACCAUGAGAGCUGCAGGUCUCAAGGCCAUCGACACGGUCGUCGACUCCCAGUCCUGCCUCAUCAAGUCCCGUUCGCCGUCCAACCCUGAGCUUCUCGAGCUCAUCGCCGCCCGUAUUCGCGGUGUCAUCACCGCCCAGAAGUUCGUCCUCUGCCAGUACAACAUCGAGAGGUCACGCCUCGGCGAGGCCAAGCAGAUCACUCCCGGAAAGCGCGCCCCGACCAUCACCACGCUGGACGAGGAGGGCUGGGUGGCCGUCAGCUCGAUGGUUGAGAAGAAGAAGAUUGCUCUGGUGAUGGACGAUUUGACCCGCGUUGGCGCCCAGGACAUUUUGGUGCUUGAUAUCCACAACACUCGAUAG